AUGUCCCGCCUUCUGGCAGGCCUUCUGGGCUCCUCGACGCGAGCAACACAUGCGACACAACUGGCAGCCGUAGCCCUCGUGUCGCGUAGGACCCUGACCUCGCCGAGGCGGCUGCCCACGGUGCCGACAUGUCCGGAGCCGACGUGCGAGUGCGCGGCCACGCCUGAAGGCCUCGAAAUUGAUCGCAAGAGCUCGCUCAACGGCGUCGUGACGGGCUACGCCGAGCAGGUGCUCGUGUGCACGGGACACGACGACUGGAGCUCGCGCAUUGAAGAGGAGCGCAGCGGUGACAACCUGGCCGCCGAUCUGAAGGAGCUGUUUGGUCGGGGGGGCGUUUACAGCGAUCCCUUCCACAACAUAUCCGUUCUCAACUCGUCCUUCCCCAGCUCGUCCCUCCCGCGUGUCGAAGUCGAGAAUACGUCGGCCUAUCUCCUCCCAAGUUUCAAAUAUGUCCCCUUCCUGCCGCGCGUGUCGUUUGACAGCGUUCAGGCUCUCGCCAAAGGGUUCUUGCUGCCGGAGACCCUUCACUCGGCCCACGGGAACAUGUCGCCGAUCCACCGAGACCGGUUGACGCGCAAGGAGGCCUACCAGGGCCUGCUGCCAGGCGUCCAGGAUGUGCGGGACGUGCUGGUCCUGAUCUGUGGCCACGGGGGGCGGGACAAGCGUUGCGGAAUCAUGGGUCCGCUGCUCCGGCACGAAUUUGUGCGGCAGCUCACCCGUGCCGAUCUCGACGUCCUCGACGGUCCCGUGCACGUCAGCCUCGAUGACACGCUGAGGAUACAAGGCUUAGCGGACGGCGGGUCGAAAUCGACUGCGAGAGUUGGCUUGAUCAGCCACAUCGGCGGCCACAAGUUUGCCGGCAACGUCAUCAUCUACAUGCCUACUGGACUACGACUUGGCAAUGGUAACGCCCAUCCUUUCGCGGGGCAUGGUAUAUGGCAUGCUAGAGCAUUCCCUCCGCUGCUGGCAUUCGGCUUUCUCCUUGGAGGCACCGCCUAUUACCUCGCCACUCCUCCUGCCAGAAGCACAACUCUCAACGGCGAGACCUUCGUUCCCUACACCAUCACCUCCCGCGAUGCUAUCUCGCCCACCUCCGUCAUCCUCACCGUCUUGCCGCACGUGCCUGACCGGUCGCCGCCGUACAUCGAGCCAGCCACGUCGCGCUGGAAACAUCCCCUCUGGAGCGUUGAGUUCAAGCAGCCCGAGGUGCAGAUCGCCCGGCACUACACGCCCCUCCCCCCGCUGCACGGCGAGGAUCCGGCGGAUGGGCGCCUGAGAUUCUAUGUCAGGGCCGUUGGCGGCGGCGAGAUGUCUACCUACCUCAGUCGCCUCCCUGUCGGACGCGACGUCUGGCUGAGGGGCCCGCACCCAUCCUUCGAUGUCCUGCCGAUGCUCGGUGCACGAACCCAUCUGGUCUUCCUCGCCGGCGGCACGGGGCUGGUUCCCGGCAUGCAGGUCGCCGAUGCCGUUCUCCGUGACCGCGAUGACACGACCGUGACUCUUCUCUGGGCAGUCAGGAAGAGGGGUGAGAUUCAGUGCAGGACAGCGCCCACAUCAUCCUGGUGGGUACUCUGGCCGAGGAAGGGCAUAUCAGAGCUGCGGGCGGACUUGGAGUGCCCGAGCCCCAUUGCGGUACAUCUCAAGGAGAUGAAGACCAAGUAUGGAAAUCGACUCAACAUCCGUCUUGCAGUCGAUGAGGAGGGGACUCGCUUCGAGUCGGAAGAUGUUCGAAAAGCCCUGGCAGCAUCUCCCACUGAAUCACGUUUGGCUGUGUCCACAGUCGCAGCGUGCAGCAUUCACGAUCAGCCCCUUCAAGAGCAAAAGUCCGAGUUCGAGCCUGCCGGUGGCGCUUGUCAAUGCGCGCCCUCAGAUGCCAACGCACUUGGCAAAAAUCUCUUCAUAAUAUCAGGCCCUGAUGGCUUCAUCUCACACUAUGCAGGGCCUAAGGUCUGGCGAGGUGGUACCCUGACGCAGGGACCUGUCGGCGGAGUUGCCGCGCGGUUGCGUAACCGGUUUCCGCAGUUGGAGAGAGAUUGGCUUCUGCUCAAGCUUUGA